AUGUUCCUAGAAUUCGCCAGUACGACCUCUACUUGCAAAUUAAGAGUCUUUUCCAAGAAAGAGAAAUACUACUACAUAUUCUUCCUCGGCACAGCAGCUUCUGCUCGUGGGCAAGGCCUCUGUUCUAAAAUGGUGAAGCAUGAUCAGUCUAUUGCGGCGAAAGAAGGCCUUCCUAUUUGGUUGGAGGCUGCCACGGAGUAUGCCUUCAAGGUGUAUUUGGAGUUGAGAUUUGUGCUUAUUGAGGAGAUGAAGUUUGGUUGA